UCCAAGUUUUGACGGAUUGAUUUACAAUGGAGACUCCCCUCCACUUGACUAUUGUGCUUAAUUACUGGACCUCUAUUUUACUACUCCUCUUGAUCGGCGGCCUUUCACUUGGAUCGUCCCCGACCACGUCAAAUCUAGCUGACGAGUUCGGUGAUUCCACUUCGUACCAACAUGGCAGUAUCUUGUCGCCCCUUCUGAAGGCGCUGACAGCACAGGGAGUUCCAUGGCGAGACACGACCCUAAUAACGAGACCCGAGCCGAGAUAUGUUCGAUACAUGAAAAGACUGUACAGGGUGUCUUCUAGACACGAGAGGAGUUCGGAAGGGAACAACCAUCUGUACAACACAGUUCGACUGAUAACCCCGCGGGAUGAGUGCCUGGAACAAGGCAACGAGUUCUUCAUGCAAGACCUCUCCUACAAUCUGGACCGUGUCAGAGCCAAGGAGCAGCUCCUGAAGUCUGUCCUGCUGUACUCUUUCGAUCAAGAGCAGGCCACGUCCAUGACUACCCUGUGUUACCUAGAUGUGAAAGAGCAGGAUACCCAGGAUCAGUGUCCUCUCUGCCCCAGUACCCAUCACUCAGUCAACUUCCUGUUCCACACGGACCGCAGGAGGAAGUGGGUUGAGGUGGACAUCACGGCGUUCCUCCAACCUCUCAUCCAGUCCCACAAGAAAGACAUCCACCUGCUCAUCAACCUGACCUGUGUGGAGGGAAGAGGCAGAGGGGCUAAGGGUGGAGGAGAGGAGCGGAGUGGUAGGGGCCCCGUGGAGCUCCACCUAAGGUCUCCGUCCUUGCUCCUGUACCUCAAUGACACCAGCGAGCUGGCACACCAAAGAUGGCCGCCCACUAGGUCACGAGGUCAUCCGAGGUCAGCCAAUGAGAUGGACACCUUUGAGAGCCUGGUGGAGUUCAAACCGGAGCGAAGGAUCAGCCGGAGCGAGAGGAGGAGACUGAGGAGAGAAUCUCUAGAUCUGUCAACGAACAACGCAGGAGGCAAAACGAGCACGAAGACCGUCCUCCCUGACCUCCUCCCGAGUUCUGACUUCCCUACAAGCGACUGUGCCUUGUAUGACUUCAGAGUGAGCUUCAGUGAGCUCAAACUGAGCCAUUGGAUCAUUUUCCCCCACAGGUACAACCCCAGGUACUGUAAAGGCACCUGUCCCAGGGCUGUGGGGUUCAUCUACGGCUCCCCCAGACACACUUUCUUCCAGAACAUGAUCUACCACAAACUGGACUCCUCUGUACCACGGCCUUCCUGUGUUCCCUCGGAGUACAACCCCCUGAGUGUCUUAACCCUUGAAGCGGACUCCAUCGCCUACAAGGAGUUAGAUGAAAUGAUCGCCACGAGGUGCACAUGCCGCUGAAGGCCGACCUCCAGGGUCAGGCUCAAUUCUAUUUCAACUCGGUGUAAAACUGAAAAAUCUAAACUGAUAUUCCAAUUAGAAUUCCAAUUGUUCUCAAUGCUUUAAAUAUAAAAAAUAUUCUCGCUCUUGCUGAUCCUUCGCUCCGUAAAUUGACUGAAUUGAAAUGGAAUUGACCCCAACCCUACCUACCUCACUGACUGAUGACGUUGUUUUACCAGCCUCAACACUUUGACCGUUAACCUACCUUCUGCUUCGACUGCUGCUAGACUUAUUCCAUCCUCCUCAAGCCCUUGACUUUUUCACAAUCGGCUAAUGUAACAUCCUGGUCUGGUGACUUCAUGACAAAACAUCAGUGUCUUUGUCAAAACAUCAGUGUCUUUGUCAAAACAUCAGUGUCUUUGUCAAAACAUCAGUGUCUUUGUCAAAACAUCAGUGUCUUUGUCAAAACAUCAGUGUCUUUGUCAAAACAUCAGUGUCUUUGUCAAAUCAUCAGUGUCUUUGUCAAAACAUCAGUGUCUUUGUCAAAACAUCAGUGUCUUUGUCAAAACAUCAGUGCGUGGAGUUCGAUUUUAUCUAGAACCGAUGCAUUUACUUACUUGCCAAAAAGUAUUUUUAUCUAAAUAGAAAAUAUGGCAUUGAUUUCUCUUUGUUUCCAUGUUUAUGUGAAGUGAUAGGAGGACUGUUGUGAAUACGUAUUAUCCCUCCACUUGUUUGUUGAUGUGCUUUUGCAUUGCGUUGACACACGAAAACAUGGAUUGAUUAUUAAUAUGAUUGUUAAGUUAUUAUUUUUGUUAUUUUAUUUUGGGUGUUCUGUCAUCUUUAUUCUCUAUUCUUUCACACUAGCUGGUACAUUUUAAGUACAUCUGUUCUGGACAGAAUAUGAAAAAAGUGGUCCUAUAUACUUGUAUCAAACACUUACACGUUUAAUUUUAUUCCUGGGGAUUGCAGGUGGUUGUUUCAUGGACAACCUCUCUUUUCAUACAGUCCAGAAUGUAAGUUAUCUUUUAUGGACAACUUGAUGUUUCAGUGUGUAUUUAUUACCCUGGGUCAUGAAAUGACUGCAUACCUAUAUGAAAUUGUAUUGAUGAAUUUAACUAAAAUGCAUGUCAUCUAUUUAUGCAAAACAAAUUAAAUGUACUGUACGGUCUUGUUUGGCUCACUGAUUAUCACAAAGUAAAUGUAUAAUUAGAAAAAUAUUUGUUGGAAAAAAUAA